UGGUGUACAUAAUAUUGAGACGAAUAAAGAGACUGCCGAGAAAGGCCUCAGGCACAUGCGUUACGCAUCAGCCGCGUAUGGUUGGAAAAUGAUCAAUAAACUCUUCUUUGACCUUGAGAUAGAAUCAACUCCGGUUGGCAACAUAGCUGUUUUGAAUGCUGAGAUGCUCAAAACGCACACUAAAAUCCCAGUGGAGGAUUUGAUCAUGUAUCAGUGGGAUAGCGACAACGUGUUCCUGCCUGCCCAUUACUUGGCAGUGGAUAAGGCGUACAAGACAAUCGUCGUGGCUAUCCGAGGUACUAUGGAUAUAGCCGAUGUAAUAAACGACUUGGUCUGUGAAUACGUUACAUAUGACGGAGGUGAAACACAUUCAGGGUUCUUGCUCUGCGCACAGGGCAUCUAUAAGAAUGUCAAAGACGACUUAAUCGAAUUGCACAAGAAAUAUCCCGAGUACGAAAUCUCCGUUGUAGGCCAUAGCCUUGGUGCCGGGACUGCAACUUUACUCACGUGUUUAAUUGACGUUGAGAAUGAGGGCUUCAAUCCGCACUGUUACGCGUUCGGUCCGCCCGGUAUAUUCGAUUUGGAAACCGCCAGCAGUGAUCGCAUGAAGAAGUUGGUGACUUCCUACGUUUGCGGUGACGAUAUAGUCUGUCGACUGUCACAUGGGCACAUGCGAGAGACGAAGUCAGCCGCCGCUUGGUUCGUAAGGAAUAAGCCAAAGAAUGCGGCCGUGGUGACGAAUUUGAUCAAGGAACAAUUGCUACGGUUCAAAACGGACCCUCCGCCUGAGAAUGAAAUGAAAAAGUUGGACCCUUCAAAACUGACAUACUACCACUACCCGAAGUUAUAUCCUGUGGGCGACAUCAAAUAUCUCAAAAUGAAGGUUCCUAGUACGACUUCUAAUCCCUCCAGCACGGACGAUCUCAUAAACACUGCAAACGAUGCCGUUAAACAAAGAACCGCCCAGCAAAACGCCACCAUCGACAAAUUCGGUGAUGGUGAUGCCACCCCAGAACCUGAAAAGUCCGAUGUUGAAGUUUCAGGAUCCCGAGGCCGAGGCAUCUUCGCUCGUAUUGGAUAUUGGUACACGAGCUUCUUUGCCAAGUUUGGCAAGCGAGCGACAAAGAUCGACAAACAUUCAGGUGAGCGGGUGGAUGUUGUAGAUAUCGUGGUUAUUGGAAAUGUUGAGAGUAAAGAUUUCGGGCAGAUGGUUCUGUCGCGCAACAUGCUCAUGCACCACAUGCCGUGGGUAUACGAGCAAGCACUGAUCAAGAGUAUAGAGAGUAUCAGUAGUAAUACCAGUAGUGAGAGUUCACAGCCCAGCGAAGAAGGGCUGGACAAGGAAGGAGUUGAGGAACUGAAAGAGGUUGCUAAGGAUGCUAUAGAGAAUUGAGUCCAUGCAGGAGAAUCGGCUCGCAUGGGAACGACUCCGGAUCAGUCAUGCUUAAUACGAUGCACUGCACCAAGCAAGGUAGCUAUAAUUUACGAAACACGGGCGGUAAUUGAUGGGUCGAGAACACUGUGUGGAAGGAGUUCGAGACAUCUAACAUGUACAAGACGCUGCAACGCUGAUAUGUGUCAGAUGUGCAUUUGUAUUGCAAAAUGGAUAUUGAUGUUGAGAAGCUCAUUAUACCAUAUCAUCGAAUCGGAUAUCGGUACGUUCAUGAUAACGCACGGGAAAUGCUACCAGCAAAGUAGAGAAUAAUUCAUAGAAUACGACUGCUUUGUUGUCGAAAUAGUUCAACAGAUUCGUUAGAACGGUCUGGAUGUGGGAGACACCCAAUUUGAGGUCAACUGAACUGGACCAUGCACGAGAGAAUUGGAGGGGCAAAAGUCUGAGCGCGAGACAGCAUAUGCGUCUCUUGAGGGAUGACUCAUAUCAGAAUGUGACGAUUGUCCUGGAAUCGAACAGGAGCAAGAGCACCACGCGGUAGACCAUUUGUACGUCGUACUGCGGUAACAUGGUAUGUCUACGAUCAUACGUUUUGCGGCGGCAAGAGGUGGGAGCGGAUACCAUUGCAUCGACGGGUAGAGGUAAGUAGCGAUGCUCCUCUGAGAUUGAAGGGCGCCGAAAAUCAGGCCGAGGGUACGAUACUCCAUUACUGGUACAGAUACUCCCGACGCAGUCAUCGUGCACAGCCUACAUAGAAUUUGUAACUUGUUACUGACUCGCCUUGGAGUCCAGGCCGACUCGAGAUACCAAAUCAUGUAUACCGGCGAAAGGUGAGGUCUCCGCUGUCAGCUUGAAACUUGGUAAGCUCGUCUCGCAAUCACUAUUUGAGUAGAAUUUCAGUUGUGUGGGCAUAUAUAAUACAAUUUAUGACCCAUGGAAUUUUGCAAUUUGAUUAAUUGGAGGGAGGCAACCGCAUUUUGCAGAUUAUCAAUCGCAAAACCAAUUUAAGGUGCGAAUAUAUGAUGAAUGAUUUCUUUGCAGCAUGACAGUCCGGAUUCACGAUCAGGCACUGUUGUACUACGCCCAGCAGAAGUGAUAAUUAGUAAAUAAGAGCCGUUGGCAAAAUAUGCCUAUAUCAGCUGGCAAGGCGCGCUGUAGCCUUGGUAUUCAAUAUGAUCCAGUUGAAAGAUGCACAAUAAUAUUGCCGGGCACCUUAUUCAACUGCUUAGUGUUGUACCACAAGACACCGGCCUGCCAAAUUAAUAUCACUAAUAGCACUCUUACGUAGUUCUCCCAUAUGCAGUCUUCGUGAGUAAAGUACCGAAAUACUAUUAGAAAUACAACGAAUAUCGUUUCGCUUUAUUCUUGUACCACACCCUCAAAGUUCUUGAUGUACUCUGUGCGGAAAGCUCCCGUUUUCGGUAGAACUAUAAACUGCAACAAGCCUCCUGGAAUGGCGAGACGCGGCGUUUGCAAUACGUACAACAAAGGAUUCUCCUUAUUAACUUGCACCAGCCAAG